AUGUGCAGACCUGUUCAGGACCUGUUUAUCACCCCGCCGCUGGUCGGUCUUAUCAACAUCACAAAAGGGUUCUCUAUCCCCAUCGCAAUGCAGCUCCUUUUUUGUAUGCAUAUCCUUUCUCUAGGUCUCUUAGCGGGUACCUUCUUCCUCGAGAGCAUCUGUGCCAGACCGGUGGAUUCAGAAAAUGUCGGCAACUCCCUGGAACUUUUGCCCCUCCCCUCAAGGAUACAUCCGAACAGCGACUCAUCUUCCACUAGCUCACAAAACGACGGCAUUCAUGAUUGCCAUUAUCUACCACUGCAUCUGCCAAUAUACGCGAUGGAAGCCCAAGUCAUACUCCAUGAUGAAAUACCCGACGUGAAAAUCGAAAACCUUUUAAAAACAACUAUUGAAACAAUGUUGGAACCAAUAAUUCCGGCCAUUGUGGAUUCGAUAGCAGAAAGUCGUCCAAAGUUGGGGAAUUUCUUGAAGUCAUUGGGGUUGAUCACCAUUCCAGUCACUCGUGUUGGCUACGUUUCGACGCCGGGAGUCUCAGAGGUUAGGAAAGGAUCAUACAACUUUGAUCUUAACUUUUUGGGACAAUGGACCCCUGUACAUGACAGUAAACACCAGAUGCUCUCCAAGCCCAAGAAAUGCUGGGAUUUGGUCUUGGACCGGGUCCAUGAAGGUCCUACAGCAAUCGCGACCCUCCCAUAUUUCGGGCUUCUCGACCGGGAAGCUCUUGAUCAUAAAGACAGUAUGCUUAAGCUCAGAAUCGAUCAGCUUACCGGGGAGAUAGGACGACGCGUCGUUGAUAAGCGAUUUCUGAUGGUAUCAUGGAAAAACGGAGAACAUCACUUGACAACAGCAAAUGCAGUAGGUCCUAUUUCGGGAUCGCCUAUACAUGGAUCCUCGUCGAUGGCACAAGCUUGA